AUGUCACAUUUAACACAUAAAUUAGAUAGUUGUGAUGAAUUCACUAACAAAAGACAAAGACUAGACAUCGAAAGUCAAUACAAAACAGUUACAACUCCAAUCAAUCGACAAAGUACACCAGAUCAUUUCCGACUAAACACAAUAGAUAUGUCUUCAACCGAUUUUCAAUCAAAUAACUCUUCAUUAUCAUCAAGUACCAUGCAUACACCAAUACAUUCAGGUUCAUAUACUCCAUUAACAGAAUCAAAUUCAAGAGAUUCACAAUUAGAUCAACAACAAAAAUCUAGUCAUCAUGAAAAUAUAAAAUUAAUUGAUGAAUCACAUUUUCAAGAUUAUAUUAAACAACAAAAGAUAAGUAUUAGUGAUAAUUUAGAAAAUGAAUGUCCAUGUGGUCAUUUACAUGGAGCAGGUCAAGGUUAUCAUUAUGAUGUUGGAGCAGUUGGGUUUGCUGAUUUCCCAUUAUUAAGAGGACCUGAUUAA